CUCUCCGGUCAGGCGCCGCCCCCUUUUUCUCCUCUCCUCCCCCUUUUCUUUUCUCUCUCCAGGCAGGAUGCAGGCUCGGCGGCGGAGGUUGUGGCGGGGAGCCGAGCCAGGAGGAGGCUGAGGCGGGUCCCUCCCUGCCUCCUACCGGCCGGUGCAGGAUGGAACAUGAAGCUUCCCAGCUAGAAAAGCAACAUGUACAUAGUGUCUAUGAAAGCACAGCCACCUACUUCAAUGAUCUUCAGGGCAAAGCAUGGCCUCGUGUUCGACAGUUUCUGCUGGAACAAAAGCCUGGUAGUCUCAUUGCAGAUAUAGGUUGUGGGACUGGAAAAUACCUUGGUGUCAACAGUCAAGUAUAUAACCUCGGAUGCGAUUAUUGUGGCCCGUUGGUUGAAAUUGCAAAGACCAAAGGUUGUGAAGUGAUGGUCUGUGAUAACCUUAAUCUUCCUUUUCGUGGCCAGUGCUUCAAUGCAGUCAUCUCUGUGGGAGUGAUUCACCAUUUCUCCACCAAACAAAGACGAAUCAAAGCAAUAAAAGAAAUGGCCAGGGUGCUAGUACCUGGAGGCCAGAUGAUGAUUUACGUUUGGGCGAUGGAACAAAAGAAUCGGCACUUUGAGAAACAAGAUGUGUUUGUUCCAUGGAACAAAGCCUUGUGCUCCCAGUUGCUUUCUGAAUCCAAUAAGGUUGGACAUAACACUGAUAUUGCACAUACAGGAAGUUCUCAGUCCAUACAUUCACACCAACUAAUGGGUUCUAAAUACAGCUACCCUCUUACUCUUGAUCUGAAACAUCCCCAAAGGACUGAUGGCUGCUUAGCUGAAGCCUGCUGUAUGAAAAUCUCUAAUGAGGCAGAAAACCGAUUUUACAGGGGCCUUGGGAGAUCUUUCCGUUCUUGGUUUUCCUCUAGAUCCCUAGAUGAGUCAGCUUUGAGUAAACAGAAUGAAAAAAUGGAAUCAUUGAAGAACACAGUUGGGUGGACAAACAGCACUGUAUCAAUUCAGCCAUCAAGACACUGCAGCUUAGACCUAGGUUGCCAUGGGUCAUUGUUGAAAGAACCUGUUGACUAUGAUGAAGUGUUCAUGAAGCAUAUGGCUUGCAAGAAAAUGGAAUGGCUGGCAGCUUCGAGGUCUAUGAGAGAUUUUAAUGGCGAGCCUCCUGCACUAGUCCAAAGCCACGGUGGUGAUGCCUCAUUUCUCAGUAGUCCUGUUAGAAACAUAAACAAUGGUUAUAUCCAUUCAAGCAAUACUCAACCCUUUCCAGGAAAACACAUCAAAAGGACUUCUUCAGUUAGCUCUAGUGAGUUUGUUGUAGAUGCUGCUGUGGCGGUGGGAAACCAGGCCGAUCUUGGAAAGGAUGCAAAAGCCUUCAUGCGUUACUACCAUGUAUUUCGGGAAGGGGAGUUGUUUGCUUUGCUUGAAGAAAAUGUGCCUGAGGUUCAUGUACUAAGUUCAAGCUAUGAUCAUGGGAACUGGUGCAUUAUUGUGAAAAAGAUGGAUGAACCACAGUAGAGAUGAACUAUGAAGAAAACAGCUCUCAUAUACUGCUUCCUGUGGAAUUUUAGAGACCUUCAUUCAAUUUUUGCCACCAUUCUAUGUGCAUCGGUAUAACAUGCACUUAAAGGAUGUCAUGGAGGGGGAAGAAGGUACUAGGCAUUUUGAGGAAACACAGGAAUUUAGAAGAUAGAGGCAGUCUGCUUAGCAAAAAUGAGGUGAGUUGAAAAGAACAACCAGACCUGUUCAGAGAUAUUUGAUUUCCAGAUAAAUGGAGCCAUGCCAUAAGAUGGUGAAAUCAUGCAUAAAACUUUCUUGGUUUGUUUCCUUCAUUAAAAUAAGAAUGUUUCCCAGGGUUCAGGGAAAGGGGGGCAGCAAUCUUGCACGUUUUCUUAAAGAUAAUUAGUAAAAAUCGACUGAGGCUGGAUCUGUACUGCCCUAUAUCCCAGGAUCUGAUCCCUGAUUAUUAUUAUUUGUUUAUGAUUUAUUUCAUACAUUUAUAUCCCAUCCUUCUCACCACAGGAGGGGGACUCAGGGUGGCUUCAUAACUGGCAACCAUUUGAUGCCAACUACAACAAUAAUAAAACAAUUACAGUUAAAACAAUUAAUUAAAAACAUCCAUUAUAAAAUAUUAUUUUAAAAAUUUCACCAGAUCAAUUAUUAUCUGCUUAUGUCAGAAUUAUCUGGCAGUGUAGACUCAUAUAAUCCAGUUCAAAGCAGAUAAUCUGGGAUUUUUUUAUCGUGUCAGAAGCAACUUCAGAACAUACUGCAAGUCGCUUCUGGUGUGAGAGAAUUGGCCGUCUGCAGAGUCGUUGCCCAGGGGAUGCCUGGAUGUGUUACCAUCCUGCUAGGAGGCUUCUCCUAUGUCCCCAAAAGCUAGAGCUGAUGGACGGGAGCUCACCCCCUCGCGGAUUCAAACCGGUAACCUUCAGGUCAGCAACCUAACUUACAGGUCAGCAGUUCAGCCGGCACAAGGGUUUAACCCAUUGUGCCACCAAUGGGAUCCUGGGAUAUAGGGCAGUGGAGAUCAAGACUGAGAUGACAUCUUUGAAAUCUUAAAUUUCUGGGGAAUUUACAAAGUGGAAUUUUGUAUAGCUGACCAAAAAAAAAGCUGCACAUACAUCUCUUGUACCUUGUGUAAAAGGUAUGUAAUACAUCUGUUGCAAAUUGUUCUAAAGUUAAAAAAGGAAUAAUGAUAAACACACCAUAUUUGUAAUUGAAGACUUGCAGGGAGCGCGGGCCGGGAGUGCAGGGCGACUUGACACUGGAUCAGAAACAAACUGUCUUCAUUUUGCUGACCAUUCGCAGUUUUUCUGCUGCCCUCAAUCAACUGCUUUACUUGAACAUUUGUUUAACAAAGUCUGCAUUUCCAAAGUCAGGCAGUAGGUAACAACCAAUGUAUUCUGACCUAACCAUCAUCAUUAGGAGCAAGUAUGAAAUAGAUAAUGUUUAACUCCUCCCAGAAGAUGUAUGGAUUAAGGCUUCUGUGGAUCUCUGGAAGAAAAAUCCAAAGUUAAGCAGGAUGUAUUAGAACCCCACUUUACACACUCUUGUAGAUCUCUGCUGUCAUAUUUUGGCAUACACAGUGUUUAAGAAAGUAUUUCUGGUUCAUUUAAAAAAGUAAUGAUGGGAUUGGGCAUUGAUGUCUUAGGUACUCCAGACUAAGUGUUUGGGACUUUGCAAACUAGUAGCCAAAGCCAUUUUCUCAACAGUGGGCAAUCUAGCUCAGUCCCAAAUUGCUUAGUUUUCUCUUUACUAAAUUGUAAUUUGCAAUAAAAAGCAUUGUUGGUUGGAGUGGAACAACCUUAGUUUUUAGAACUCCAAAUAUUAAGCCUUUCUCAAAGGUUACUGCGUUUUAUGGAUCUCUAGGUGUAAAUAUUUGUAUUCUGUUGACAUGAGCUUUCUCCAACAUGUAAUUCAAUGGAUUCCCUCUGAACGAAGGGGGGGUGAUGAUCUUGAAAGCACAAAUGGGUUGCCAAUGGUAUAACUGUUCCAUAUGCUCUCUGUUGACUUUUGCUGCUUUAUCAUAUGCUGCUUUGCAAAGCUUUUUGGUUGCAAGAGUAUAGCUAGUACAAUGAAGAGAUUUUGUUUACAGGACUUGCUUUUACUCUUGCAACAUUUGCACUAUCGACCCCAUAUUGAAAACCUGUGGAUCAUAGGUCUGCACUGUUGUAAGGUAUUGCUAUGCAUUUCCUGUGCUGGGGGGAAGGGAUCAUAUUUAUUAGCUUGUAGUAUAGUGCAACAGCAAACUUACUCAAAACUUAAGGGUCUUCAGCUAAAUGUCUACAAAUUACUUGUUAGCUUUUGCCUUGUUUUUGGUUUGGCAGCUAUUCAGUAUUGUAAUGUCCAAGUUUGCACCAAGUCGCAUUACUAUAAGUACAGUAUCUGUGCAGAUGUUAUAAUGCUCAGCAUUACAUAACUUCAAAAUGUUCAGAUUUUCAACUGUUUGUCAAUAGAUUAAUAAAGAUUAUUUAUGUUAUCAAACAUAAA